CGUCGCCGUGCGGCGACACUACGCCCGACUCGCCGUCGACAUCGGGGGCAUCGAGGCCGGCGGCGGCGACCCCAACGCCAACGGCACAGCCGCCAGCAGCAGCAGCAACAACAACAGUACUAAUAAUCGCCGCGACAACGACAGCAGCAGCAGGUCAGGUUAAUUACUUAAUUACUAUAUAUAUUGUCAGUAGCUAAAUCUCGCAAAUCUCCGUUUAGCUGACAAUGGCGGAUAAAUAUUGCAUAGCGUAGCGGGCUGUUUUCAACCAUGAUCCGAAAGAGAAUAAUCCUCCUUUUUCAUUACGCACGCUUCGGAUGAUACGAUGAUACCGAGUCGGGUCAGAAAAGGCGGCAACCUUCUUCACUUUGUUUACCACUACUGUACUGUACUGUGAGCCAAAUGGAGGCACGUAACCUAACCUAACCUAACCCCACAGUGGACAAAUCAAGUCAGCUGCUGCCUGCCUGCUAGUAGUAUAUACUCCUACUACCAGUAGUAUAUAUAUAUGAUCCAUCCACCACAAAUCAAUCACGUCACGUCAUGGAUACAUCGUCCAAGCCGCGCAACCUGGGCGGCUCGCUGCCCGUCCCCAACGUCCAGCACCUCGCCGCCGCCGAGCUCACGGCGCCCGUCCUCCACCGCUACCUCCGCGACGCCGACGCCGACGCUCCGGCUCUGUCGUCUACCAACGCCGCAGCUGCUGCCGCCUCCUCAUCGGUUCCCGUCGUUGACCUCGCCAGGCUGCUCGACCCGGCCCACGCCGACGAGGAGGCCGCCAGGCUCAGGGCCGCCUGCCAGGACUGGGGCUUCUUCCACCUCGUCAACCACGGCGUGCCCGACCAGGUCAUCCACGACGUCAAGGAGGACAUCAAGGCCUUCUUCCGCCUCCCGCUCGCGGACAAGCAGGCGCUGGCGCAGGGGCCCGCCGGCAUCGAGGGCUACGGCCAGGCCUUCGUCGUCUCCGAGGACCAGAAGCUCGACUGGGCGGACAUGCUCUUCCUCUCCACGCAGCCGCCCGAGUACCGCUCCCUCAACUUCUGGCCUUCCCGCCCCGCCACGUUCAGGGGCUCCCUCGAACGCUACUCCCUAGCGGUGCAGCGGGUGGCCACCCACCUGCUCGCCGCCAUGGCCAGGAACCUGGGCGUGGAGGACACCGGGAAGAUGACGGCGAUCGCCGCCGCGCAGGCCAUGCGGAUCAACUACUACCCGCCCUGCCCGCAGGCGCACGACAGGGUGCUGGGCCUGUCGCCGCACUCCGACGCCGUCGGCCUCACGCUGCUGCUGCAGGUCAGCCCCGUGCCCGGGCUGCAGAUCCGCCGGGAGGGCGCCUGGAUCCCCGUGGCGCCGCUGCCGGGGGCCCUCGUGGCCAACGUCGGCGACGUCAUCGAGGUGCUCACCAACGGAAGGUACAAGAGCAUCGAACACAGGGCGGUGGUCAACGCGAGCCAGGAGCGGGUCUCCGUCGCCGCCUUUCACUCCGCCAGGUUCGACGCCAACUACGGACCGCUACAGGAGAUCAUCCGGGCCGGCGAGGCGCCGCUCUACAGGACCAUCGCAGUCGAGGACUACGUCAAGCUCCUGCUGUCCAACAAGCUACAGGGAAAGAGCGCCAUGGACGCCAUGAAGAUCAACCCCCCUGCCUGAUUUCACGCAUACAACUUGCUGCACAUGCCUGAUUUCGAGGAGUUCGCUAUCGCGAUCCUCCUCAAGUACUUCUCCUCUUAUUAAUGAGCAAGGAAGGCAUGGCUCUUUCUUUUUGGGCCAAAACA